CGUACCCUGUUUUUACCUUAGUAUUCUGCUGUAAAGUUUAUUGGUAAAAAAAUGGCUGUGGUCCGUUAUUUUCUCUGUUUGAUAAUGGUCUUCGCGUUCGCCAACGCUUGGCUAGCAGUGGAUAUGGAAAAUUUAAGAAACGACCUGUUUAAUUCCCAGACGGCUCCACGACGACCGGUGGCGCAGAACCUCAACAUCCUGGCAGUACGCGAUCGGAUCCAGGCCAUGAAAACGUAUUUGGAGACGGCGAACUUGCCGCAAACAGUCAACCAGCGAAAGGUCAACCGGGCACUCCUACAAGCCCUGAUCAAAAUGCUGGGUAAAAAUCAAAUCACGGAAGUGGAUCGUGACCAUAUUUAGUUCUGGAUCUGGCGAUAGUGCAAAGAGCUGUUAGACAAAAUCGGUCACUACAAAGACCUGAUGGACAUUACACUUAUUAAUAUAAAACGGACCUGCAAUUGUUGGUUUCAACUAUGUUUCCGACUGUUCCAUUAUUUUAAAUCUACGUUCUGUUUAGACGUUUUGAUUCGAUAGUGACCAUACUGAAUAUAUGUACUACAUGUCUAAUGUGUGUCAUGCCAUCAGUUACUGGUCUUAGUUAAAUCUUUGUUGUGUCUCGACGUGUUAACGCAGUAAUUGUCAAGUGUUGUACCAGCUAUACUGUCUUAAUAAACAAGCAAAGAAACACA